AUGCUGGACCGACUGACUCCGGAGAUUAUUCUAUAUAUCUUCCUGUUUCUUGAUCUACCUGAACUCGAUAUGUUGAGCAAACUCGACCCCAUUUUGGCGCAACUUGCUCGGGACAAGGCCCUUCACAACGUGCGACUGCGCGUUGUCUUUCCGGCUCGGGUGGAGCACGACCUCUUUGCCAUUAGCCGACCCACUAUCCCAGAUCUUGUCCACCGAGGUGUAAUGCGUGGUCUCAGUAUCGAAAGAAGAUUCAGAGCCGGGUUAUAUUUCUACUCUCAAUCAUCCGUUCGUCAGUAUGAAGUUUCCAUAAAGCUGGCAAGACAACACGCAGGCCAGGUUGUCUCCCAACAUCUCACCCGCCGCAGUGCAGCAUCCAGUGACAGUCCCUUGAAACAGCUAUAUCCAGAUGUCUCUCACAAUCUGGCCCGCUCUCUUCUCCCCAUCGCCCGGAAACUCAAAUGGUCGCUCCGUAGAGAUACUUUGGCCAAAAUGGUGCGCGACAAGAGCGGGAUACUGGGUGUUGGCAAGUGGCUGGAAGCCAGGCCAAAUGUUCUUCAAGAGGGCGAGCGAGUGAGAUUGGCAAUAUGCCCUGACGUUAGGAAGAUAGUCGGCUUUUAUGAAAAGCUUGGAAAGAAAUGUCCAUCCAAACUUGUAAUUGUAAUGAUCAACCGAAUGCCAAACUCUUCUUCCUCCCUCAUCAUCGAGCGCUUCCUUCUGAGUAACAUCAGUGCCGUUCAAGGUGGUGCAAAUCGUCUCGAACUUUGUGGCAACCUCGGAGUAGGUGGUGGAACAACACCCAGUUUGGGCUUGCUUAAGGCUGUCCAACAAGUGGUGGAUGUUCCCAUAAUGGCAAUGGUCCGACCACGGAUUGGCGACUUUCUCUACACCCCAGCUGAACUGGAUGUCAUGAUUCAAGACAUUCGUAUCUUCAAGGAAAAUGGCGUUGCUGGAGUAGUUUUUGGCGCAUUGAAAGCUGACGGACAUGUCGAUAUGGAUGCUACACGCCGGCUGGUCAAUGAAGCUGGGCCACUUCAAGUCUGUUUCCAUCGCGCAUUCGAUAUGACCCCAGAUCCAUCGCAAGCGUUUCACGAUAUUGCGAGCAUCGAGGGUGUGACCAGAAUACUGACGAGCGGCCACGAACCGACCGCACUAGAGGGCUUGGAGACCUUAAAGUCCCUCUGUCGACAGGCCAACAAACACCUCAACAUUCUUCCCGGGUCCGGAAUUAAUGCUGCUACCGUGCGCCGCGUCCUGGAAGCAUUGCUUCCGCUCGGGUUGACUGAGUUACAUCUGAGUGGUGGCAGUUGGGUUGAGGGUGGAAUGGUGCACCGCAGAGGGAAAAUGGGGAUGGGAGUGCACGACGUCCGCGAAAUAGUCGACAGCGGCGCUGAAUGGAGCGUGGCGAUUGCCGCUGUCCGUGGAAAGAUCGCUUGGAUGACUGGAAACUAUGACACCCACUCUUUUGCGACGACCACCAUGUCAGCGACAGUCCAGCAACCACAAAUUUGGUGGGGAAACGCCUUAUUCUUCGUCUCGGUCCAUAUUGCUGCUGUUUACGGAGCUUUUUUCUGGCGGCCAUACUCUGCAGUACCGCAAGCUACAUUAUGGCUUGGGUUCCUCGUUUGGCAAUUGGCUGAUUUUGGGAUCACCAUUGGCUACCACCGGCUUUACUCUCAUCGCGCUUUUCGCGCCAAAUUGCCUGUUCGUCUGGUACUUGCGGCUCUGGGUUCUGCUGGGUUCCAAGGAAGCAUUAAGCGCUUCACCGACGAUCCUGUGCACGAUCCCUACGCUGCAACGCGUGGUCUGUUCUACUCCCAUAUGGGAUGGAUAUUCUACAAACCAACAUACGAACGCAUGGAACUCGUAGAUAGAGACGAUUUGGACAGCGAUCCGGUUGUUCGCUUCCAGCAUAAGCAUUAUGUUCCGCUGGCUUUGUUUUUUGGCUUCGUUUUGCCAACACUUCUUGGAAUGAUAUGGGGCGACCCAUCUGGUGCCUACGUCUGGGGUGGACUCGUUGCUCGUCUGUUUUGCUGGCAUUGUACGUUUCUUGUUAACAGUUUGGCUCACUGGGAUGGUUUGCAGCCCUACUCUGAUGAAGAUACUUCUCGUGGUAAUUUGAUUCUUGCAUUGUUGACCGGUGGAGAAGGGUCGCAUAAUUUUGUAAGAAGAGACGACGCUUUUUGUGGACAAUUUCGCUCAUAUGAACUGCAGCACCAUUCUUUCCCACACGACUGGAGAUCUGGCCCACAAAUUUGGAACUGGGACCCUUCUAAAUGGAUUAUCGCUGUUUUGUAUCGACUAGGAUUGGUGACCGGCCUACGCAGCGUUCGAGAUCAAGACCUUAAAGAAGCUCUGCAAUACAUGGGCCAUAAAGAAAAGCACGGUAUUCCCCCGCCUGAGGAAGACUCGAUAUGGACAGGAGAAAUCUGGGACACUUGUCAAGCACGAGCAUUUGUCCGAUCAAACGCAGGGAGUUGUGUUGUGCUCAUUGAAGACUACUUUGUGAACGUUACACAUUAUCUUGGAGAGCAUCCCGGUGGUGCUUCGAUUCUACGUAAAUACGCUGUUCGUCCAGAGGAGGAGGUGAAUGAAGCUUCCUGGGCCUUUGAUGGUGGUCUAAAGUUAUCUACAGGCGACGAGGAUGGGUCGAGGGCGAAGCGUAGGAAGAAUAUUGGAAUGGGCGUGGCUGGCUCAUCGUCGGACGUGGAUAUCAUGGCUGGGGAUUACGUUGCCGAAGAGCAACAGGGUCAGCCUGGGGGUGGAAAUGUGCGAGAGCAAGGAAUGAAGCUGUGGCAGACAAUUCGCGACGCGACGAACAAAGAUGGAUUUCCUAUUGCGAUUGAUUUCGUUCGCAAACCUCCCAAGAAACUAUACCCCGACUACUAUAUCAUCAUCCAAUUCCCCAUUGCGCUCGAAGACAUCAAGAAACAGCUUGAAAGCAACUACUACCCCACCCUCGAAGCUGUUCGCCAGGACUUCGAGCUGUGUUUCGAGAAUGCCAAACUUUACAACCUCGAGGAAAGCCAAAUAUGGAAGAACGCCAAAGACCUCCUGAAAUUAACCAAUAAGACCUACCGCAAGAUGGUGCCCUCGGUCGAUGAAGGAGAUCCGACCGGAAAACGGCCUAGUCUGCAUCGGCUAGCCAAAACGCGGUUGAAGCAGGUCAUCGACAAGACUGACGACAAUGGUCGAAUUCUCUCCACCAUUUUUAUGGAGCUACCUUCCAGGAAGGAAUGGCCCGACUAUUAUCUUCAGAUAAGGCAGCCAAGAUGUCUUGGUGCUAUCAUGAAAAAGGUCAAGGACAAGGCUUAUUUGACGAUAGCUGAGUUUGCGGACGACGUCGAGCUUGUGUUCAAGAAUGCGAUGCAAUUCAAUUUGGAUCAUACUCAGAUCUGGGAGGAUGCAUUGACUCUGAAGAAACUUUUUGGUACUCUAAUGUCGGACCUUCCGCCGCCUUUUGCUAUGGAGCGAUAUCAUCAAUCGUCCACGAAAAUUAAGAUAAAAAUGCCCAUCGCGCCCGCUGCUGUUCCGGAGGCUGCCUCUACUUCCAAGGUCAAACUGAAGGUUUCAGCAAAGGCAGCUACUCCCAUUGCGGCUCCUGCACGUUUGCCUAGUCCAACGCCACCACCACCUCCCCCGAUAACGGCGCCCAAAGCACCAGCUGUGAAGCGGCAAGCUUCGCCAACACUCCCACUUAACACUCUUCCUUCGACAAAUAUGAUCCAACCGAGCUCCGUACAGCAGCAACAACAACAGAAGCCUACUCCAAUCCCACAACCCGCUCCGAUUCCACCACCGCCUAUUCCACAACCUCAGCUCCCGUAUUAUCCCAACACUAGCUAUGCGCCAUCAUUCCUUCCAUCGCCUCUACCAGUCAUGCCGUUGCCGCAACCAGCACCCGUUAUUGCUCCUGUUCCCCAACCCGCAGUCAUCAACCCGGCUCCGUCAAAGAGCAUGUCAUUAUCAAGCUCGCCUGUGCCGCCGAUUUUACCGAGCCAUAUGCUCAAGGGUGUGUCUGUGUUAACAGAGCCAUGCAAACGGCCGUUCAAACUAGAUUACCGAGACGGGGUAAAGAUAUGGGUUAUCAGACUCGGCGCGGGUGAAACGGCGCUGAGCUUCGCCAACAUAACGUAUAUGGGCGAUGACAAUGACGACGGCAGUGGGUCGGAUGUGGACAUGGAAGAUGAGGAGGAUGCAGCUGAUGAAGGCGAGCUGGCUGUGAAUGGAAGGCAGAAGCCCAAGACACGAGGUCGGGAAGGAAAGAGUAGAGCUGCGGCAGCGGCAGCGAAGGCCCUUCAAGAAGCUAAAGCGGCCAAGAAAGUCACCAAAGAAGUCGGUGCAGUUCAAGUCAAGCUGAAUGGGAAUGUGAUCAAUUCUCAUUCGGGUUACUGGUUGGUAGACAUACCGAAAGGGUCUAAUAUUGUCGAAGUUGGGGAGAAAGACGGGCUGAUAUGGAAAGUAUACGCAGAACGCAGUGGGUUGUAG